AUGCCCGGCCUGACCCAGACUUCCGCGACCUUCAAGCAUAUCACCGUCACAGAGCUACAUCCGACCUUCGGAGCAGAGGUCAGCGGCGUGGAUUUUUCGCGCCCGGUAGAGGAUGACGUUUUCCAAGAGAUCUUGGCAGCAAUCAAGAAGUAUGGCGUGUGCGUGUUCCGCAAGACAAGUCUUGACGACGCCCGACAUGUCGCCUUCGCAGGACAGUUCGGCGAACUAGAUGAUGUGAGCCCCUAUAUGGCAGGAGGGCGAGCACAUCGUCUAUCAGACGUGCGCCUGUUUGACGUGAGCAACAUUGAUCUGGACGGGACGGUAUUCGCAUUGAAUAACAAGCGUCGGGAGUGGAACAAGGGCAACGGGCUGUUCCAUGUAGACUCGAGCUUCAACCCUCGACGAGCGGGAUACUCGCUUCUGAGAGCGGCAGAGCUUCCCCCAGCGGGGAUGGGCGGCGAAACCGAGUUUGCGGACGUGCGAACGGCCUUUGAUGAGCUGCCAGCGGAAGAACAGGCCGAGCAGAAAGCACAGAACUACAUCGCCGCACACUCGCUGUGGCACUCCCGGAAAACGGCGGCGCCGGAGACUUUUGCAGACCUCAACCCGGAGGACUACCCGAUGAGCCGUCACCGACUGGUGCAGCGACACGAGCCCUCUGGGCGCGACACACUGUACCUGGCGGCGCAUAUCCACCACAUCGAGGGACUCGACAGUGAAGAUUCGGCGAAUCUGUUCAAGCGGUUAUUCGCGCAUGCAACACAGCCACGAUAUGUGCUGCGUGUGGCGUGGGAGAAUGCAGGUGACUUGGUUCUCUGGGACAACACUAGUGUCAUGCACCGGGCUGUCGGCGGCCGGUUUGAAGGCAAGUUUAAGCGCGACAUGCGGCGGGCGACGGUUCAUGAUAGCAGCGCAGCGGCGUGGGGGCUGAAUGAGCACAGCAAUGUUCGCCAGGGACUCCCGUGA